CUCAUCUGCUGGUACCGUCCUUGAUGAUCAUGUUUGAACUUUGAAAUUUGAAACAUCAUCAUGAUAUCAAUCCUUGAAACAUGGAAUUACGUUGGAGGGACUUGCCCGGGUACUGCGUACUCAGCGCUGAUCAAGCACAAGUCGGCACUACGGCGAGUAGUGCCCAUGAAUUACGGCCCCCAGCCAUCAUUCAACUCAGCCGCCGCGGCGAUGCCUACGUGCGAUCACGUUCCGCGCUGAAGGCCGAAAUUACGAGCUUCCUUACCGGUAUAUUCGGGGAGCCCACAAAAGCGGUGAUUUGCGCGCUAGAAGUAUCUCAUAUAUAAUGCGGACACGACCAGUUGCCUGUGGUUGCCUACUGACUGCUCUCUUUCUGCCUAUCUUACCUCGGUGCCUGUCUUGGUGGUAAUCUGUACUCUCCAUGGAGGACGUGGAGAAGCAAGCCAACUGUUCUUCGAUUCGUGGACCGAGCAUCGAGACGGGCACAUAUGAAAACCUCAAUCGACACAGUGCUUUGCGGCCUCCUAAUGCGCUUUUACUGCCCUCGCACACGAAAAGAUCAGAUGGAGGGUGGUCUGGUUGUUUGGCUGUCUUCGGAGCAUUCCUGGCCCUUUUCUGUUCGUUCGGUCAAAUUAAUGCUUUUGGAACAUACCAGUCGUGGUAUUCGGACCACCAGCUUGCUGGGCAUUCGCAAUUUAGUAUCUCCUGGAUUGGUUCCCUUCAGUUAUGGACUUUUUUCUUCAUGGGAGGACCUAUAGGACGCCUUUUUGACGCAUACGGGCCGUCGCCCGUGAUGAUCUUUGGGACACUGCUACUGGUUUUUAGCACAUUGAUGACGAGCAUCUCUACGGAAUAUUAUGAAUUCUUAUUGUUCCAAGGCUUCUUCUUUGGCCUUAGUGUUGCAUCGCUCUUCUAUCCCUCAUUAGCUGCAGUUUCGACUCACUUUGAUAAGUACCGUGCAUCGGCUCUUGGUGUUGCAGCCGCUGGCUCUGGUGUUGGCGGCGUCGUUUAUCCCAUUAUGCUGCGCAAACUCUUCUUGUCCAUUGGUUAUGCGUGGGCUGUCAGAGCGUCGGCGCUACUUUCUGCAGCAUGUUGCGUCGUGUCCCUUGUUACCGUAAGGAAAGUUGGUCAUAAGAAAUGCUCCGGAUGGAUAGAUAUCAAGAUGUUCAAGGAUUCAUGCUUCAUGCUGCUUGCUACUGGAUCCUUUUUCAUUUGCCUCGGAAUAUUUACUCCAUUCUUCUACAUCGUGAGCUAUGCCGAGGAUCGAGCAUUCGUUUCUCAGAAUACUGCAUUUUACGUUCUGUCAGUAAUGAAUGCUGGGGGCGUAUUCGGCCGCAUUGUUCCCGCGAUCCUCUCUGACAAGAUGGGGCGAUUCAACCUCCUUAUGCCCACCUCCUUCUUAGCAGGCAUAUCUUGCCUCAUCUUUUGGAUGCUUGCGAAGACAAUGAUCGCUGUGAUGGGCUUUGCGGCGGUGUAUGGUUUUCUAUCCGGUGCAUUCAUAUCCGUCAUUACCCCAUGCGUCGCGCAGAUAUCAGAUAUCAGCGAGAUAGGGUCUCGCAUGGGGGCACUGUAUACACUGAUAUCUGUCCCCUCUCUUGUCGGUGGACCCAUCGCAGGAGCUCUUAUUCAAUGCCAGAGAGGUUCUUACACCGGAAUGAUUGGACUAUCAGGAUCAAGCAUUAUAUUCGGGUCCUUUUUUAUUCUAGUUUGCAGGCUGAAGAUAAACAAAAAUAUCUGCGUAAGAGUGUAGCGAGUCGUAUGCGAACGCCUCACAGUGCACCCUCUAUCCUUCCUUAUUUUCUAAGUUUUACGACUGGAAACAUUGCAUUAAUGAUGGCUACAAUUCUUGUGCUGUGGUGGAAUUAUUGUAUUUUUAUCGUUGCGGGGAUGCACAAGCGCUAUCAUUUGUGACUGGCUGGCAGGGCCAGGGACUACUUAUCC